AUGAGUGUGGCUCCCCUUCCCAACGGGAGCAAUGUCCCCAGCGGGGACCCCUUUGGGGACAGCAGCAACGGGACAGCCGAAACCCAGUUCACACAGCCUGGCUGGCAGAUCGCGCUCUGGGCCAUCACCUACUCGCUCAUCGUGGUGGCGUCGCUUGUGGGCAACGUCACCGUCAUCUGGAUCAUCCUGGCACACCGGCGCAUGAGGACUGCCACCAACUACUUCAUCGUCAACCUGGCCCUGGCCGACGUGCUCAUGGCGGCUUUCAACACCAUCUUCAACUUCGUCUACGCCAGCCACAACGUGUGGUACUUCGGCGAGGAGUUCUGCAGGUUUCAGAACUGGUUCCCCGUUACUGCCAUGUUUGUGAGUAUUUACUCCAUGACAGCGAUUGCUGCAGAGAGGUAUGUGGCCAUAAUCCACCCCUUCAAGCCCCGGCUGUCGGCGGGAAGCACCAGGGUCAUCAUCGCGCUCAUCUGGCUGGUGGCGUUCGGGCUCGCCUUCCCGCAGUGCUUCUACGCCGAGAUCCUCACGGAUAACGGCACCACCAAAUGCGUCGUCGUCUGGCCGGACGACAUCGGGUGGAAGCACCAGCUCACGUAUCACCUUGUCGUGAUUGUGUUGAUUUAUUUACUGCCCUUAAUGGUGAUGUUCGUCGCGUACAGCAUUAUAGGGAUCACCCUGUGGAGCAGCACUGUUCCGGGCAGCCACGUUAACCGAAUCCCAUAUGAACAGCAAGUUAAUGCCAAAAAGAAGUUUGUGAAGACCAUGGUGGUGGUCGUGGUCAUCUUUGCUGUCUGCUGGCUGCCUUACCACAUCUACUUCAUCCUGGGGCACCUCAAGGAGGACAUCUACCAGCAGAAGUACAUCCAGCAGGUUUACCUGGCCAUCUUCCUGCUGGCUAUGAGCUCCACCAUGUAUAACCCCAUCAUCUACUGCUGCCUCAACCAAAAGUUUCGCUCCGGCUUCAAACUAGCCUUCCGGUGGUGUCCGUGCAUAAAAGCAACCGAGAAAGACAAACUUAAGCUUUCAUCGCCCUCCCAUUACCAGACGACCCAGAGAAAGUCCAAGACAUCCAGUUUCACCACGGAAACACAGUUCAACGAGAGGACGUCGUUUACCCUCGCUCAGCUAACGCUCUGA